UCUCCCAUCUCCCAUCUCCCCCCAACAACAUAAAACCAAUUAUCGGAUCUCCGUCGAUCCAUCUCCUCGUUCCGACAACCGACAUGGCUGAUAACAGCUCACAACAGCAACCAAACUGUCAAAAAGUGGUGAAGGCCGUCGCUGCUAUCUCCAUCGGUGGGUGUGUUCUGCUUCUCGCGGGCCUCACACUAGCAGCAACCGUGAUAGGGCUGACGCUAGCGACGCCGCUGCUGGUGAUAUUCAGCCCCAUAUUGUUACCGGCGGCGAUGGCUGCGUCCCUGUUGAUAACCGGGUUCCUGACGUCUGGUGGGCUGGGUGUAGCCGGGGUGUCGGUGUUAUCGUGGCUGUACCAAUACGUGACGGGAAAGCACCCACCCGGUUCGGACCAGCUGCAUCAAGCAGAAAUGAAGCUGCAGAGUGCGGUGAAAGACAUGAAGGAAAAGAGACUGCUCUAAGCUCUUUCGUGGUAGACAAACCAGG